AUGAUUCGCAAACAAGCUCGGCAACGGCGCGAUUACCUCUACAGAAGAGCCCUUCUUCUCCGCGACUCUGAGAUAAGCGAGAAGAGAGCAAAACUUAGAGCAUCCUUAGCGACCGGCAGGCCCCUAGAUCCCUCCAUCGCAAACGACAAGGAGCUGAGAAAAGAUUACCAGUUUGACGAAUCCAGGCCAGACAGAAGCACGAAUGAGGAGUUGGAUCUCGAUGAUGAAUACUCGCAACUUUCUGGGAUAGUUGAUCCUCGGGUUCUUGUUACUACCUCGAGGGACCCAUCCGCCCGACUAUCAGCAUUUGCUAAAGAAAUCCGCUUACUUAUCCCGACUGCGAUAAGACUGAACCGUGGCAACUUGAUCCUACCAGACCUCGUUCGAUCAGCGCAGAGUAGUGGUCUCAGCGAUUUAAUUCUUCUUCAUGAGCAUCGUGGUGUCCCUACGGCGUUGACGUUAUCCCACUUCCCUCAUGGGCCGACCAUAUCAUUCUCUUUACAUAAUGUUGUGUUGCGCCACGAUAUUCCCAACAGUAUUCGAGGAACUGUUAGCGAAUCGUACCCACACUUAAUAUUUGAUGGUUUCACUUCUCGCCUUGGUGCAAGGGUUGUCAAAAUCUUAAAGCAUAUAUUCCCCCCGCGUGAGCCUCUAACAAGCAAUUCUAAGCUCGGAAGUCGAGUAGUUACGUUCAAGAACAUUGAAGAUGCGAUAGAAGUACGACAUCACGUUUUCGUCAGAACUGGAUACGAUAGUGUAGAAUUAUCUGAAGUCGGUCCUCGAAUGACGAUGAAGGUAUUCGAGAUUCGGAGCGGUACUUUGGAGAACAAAGAUGGAGAUGUCGAGUGGCAUUUAAAUCAAUACACGAGGACCAGCCGCAAGAAAGACUAUCUUUGA